AUGUAUAAUUCUAGACAAUGCAAUAAUCAUAAUGAUGAAAGAAGAACUAAUAGUGGGGAAAUUGCUAGUAACUGGAAUAGUAGAGAUAGGACCAACAACGUAAGCAAUAAUAGAGGUAAUUAUGGUAAUAAUGGAAACCAUGGAAACAAUGGUAAUGGGAACAAUCGAAAUGGAAAUAACAGUAAUGGUGGAGGUAACAAUGAAAACAAUGGUAAUAAUGGAGAAAAUGGAAACUAUCAAACUAAAAAGAGAGAUGAUCCAAAAUUAUGUAAUCCCAGAGCAACGAAAAAGGAUGAGUUUAGCCAAAUCAUGGACAUGCUGAAAGAUAUGAAGGGUAAGCAAAACCAUAAUGAGAAGUCAUCCCCAUAUAGAGGAGGUAAGCCAAUGAAUUACAAUAGACUAAGAUUGCAUCACAUGCCAUAUAAUACAAACUGGAAAGAUGGUAAACCGAUGAAUGCAAAUUUGAGUAAAGAAACUCCUGAUCGAUUGAAGAAGGUAAACAAUUUGGUGGAAGAAUAUCCAUGGUGUGAAGUCUACAAUUUACCCCAUGUUGCAGAAAAAUGUAUGAUUGCUCAGGGUUUUGCAGAAGAGGACUAUGAGAAUGAAUAUGAGCCUAUAGUGAAUGUACUUUCAUCAGAUCCAUUUUGGGGUAGGGAUGAGGAUUCAUCUAAGGAUGAGAAAUCAUUAGAUGUACAAUGGAGAAGAGAGAGUCAACAACACAAUGUACAACAAGUUUUUACCGAUGAUGAUGCAGACAUCCCAUCCCUGAGGAGAUUGUUCUAUAAUGGAGAGCUAGUGCAUUCCUUGAGAAAAUUAAUAGAUGAAGAAAAGAAAGCCUAUACUGUGGUAGCAAUAGCUUAG